UGCUGAGAUAGGAUACAGUACAGGUCAUCUCUUGACUUUUAUGAACUCAGUCUACGUCAGUCUUUCGGCGGACCUACACAAUGAGCACUUCAGACAUAGUGUGGGCCAAAUUAUUUCCAGUGUGUUGGUGUAAAACAAUAUUAGUUGUCAUUUUAAAUCUUUUAUUUGUAACGUCCGGUGAAAAUAUUUUCAAACCAGGGAAGCAAUAUACGUAUUCAUACUUUGCGGAAUCAAGUUCGGGAGUUUUGUUACCAUCCAAAGCUGCUUCUUCAUGGGGGUUACAGGGAACACUUAUUGUUCAGACGACUGAAGAUGCUGCUUACAUACGGUUAAACGAUUUAGAAACGUUUAUAUGGAAUGGAGAAUUUAAUCAGCGGUCAGUUUUUGAUUCCCUAGACUUUGAGGUCAAAGAUCAAGUUCCAGAACUUUUAAAAGCCUUUCAAGUAGUCUACAAAAAUGGACUUCUCACCAAUUUUAGCGUUGAAACUGAAGCUAUUUGGGUUACUAAUAUUAAACGAAGUAUCGCUAGUAUUUUUCAACUUGAUUUAAACAAUUUAGAAAAGGAAGUUGCUUUUCAUUCAGAAGAGAAUACUCAUUAUGGCCGUUGCAACAUUGAAAACAUUGUUACAUCACAAACAGAUGAUGAGAUGUGGAUUCGAAAAUUUUUUGAUCCCCGUACAUGCAUUGGACAUCCCCAAUGGACCUGGACCAAUGUCCCUCGAAUGCAAUGCCCAACUGGAGAUGAAAAUCCAAUUAUCAAAUCAAGCGAAAAAUUAUAUAAAUUAAAAUUAGACGGAAAUGAUACAGAAAUAGUUUUUAUCAACGCUACUGGUGGGAUUUAUGUUCAACCAUUUCGAAGCACUAGUGAAGCUCAAUUUUUGUUCACUCGACAAAUUUUUGGACUGAUUGACGUGAAAGAUAAACAUGAAUACAUACCAGAAGAUAAAUUCCAUGAAGUUAAUCUACAGUAUGAGCUUCCGGAGGACGAAUUAUCACCAGAAAGAGUUGCAUAUGAGAAGGAGCAUAUUUUUAAAUCAAUAUCUGUAUUGUUGGAUCGAUUAAGUCAAAGAUUAGAAAAUCCUGGAUUGGAUACUGAGAUAAAUAAUUUACAUAAUACAACUAUUUCAAUAUUAUUAUAUUAUCUUGGUAAAUUUAAUCAAACUGAUUUAGAAGCAGCUUACAACAAUAUUUCAGGAACAAGCUAUAAAGAAGAAACGAUCAGAAACAUGUUUCUUGAAACAGUUCCACAAGUUGGUACAAGGCACUCAGUGUUAUUUGUUUUGGAUUUAAUUGUCCAAAAAAAAGUAUCAGACAUCACAGCGAUGCAACUACUUACUCAGUUACCAUUUCAUAUCAGAAAACCUGAUGUUCAGUUAUUGGAUCAAACAAAAGUUUUGAUUGAUCUUCCAGAAAAAAUAUCAUCAGGAGUUCGGAACACAGGAAUUUUAACUUUUGGGACUUUAAUUUACAAAACCUGUUUGGUUCAUUGUUCGUAUGAAGUUCUAGACGAUUUUGUGAGAAUUUAUUUAGAUAGAUUUACAGAGAGCGAUACCUAUGAAAUGAAAAUGAUAUGGUUAGAAGGAUUAUCUAAUAUACAGCUUGGAAGAGUUGUUGAAUUUUUGGAACCGAUUGCUAGUGGAAUUAGUGAAAAUUCUAAACAUCUAAGAGUUUUGGCUGCGUGGGCCUCGCUUCCUACAGCUUAUUCUAGACCUGACAUUAUUUACAGAGCUUAUUGGCCAAUUCUUGUUAAUCAAACAGAGUAUUUAGAGAUGAGGAUAGCAGCUUUAACUCUUUUAAUUGCUUCUAAUCCAUCAUCAAAUCGAAUAUUUGCGCUUUAUUGGUACAUGCGAGGUGAAACUAAUCAACAUUUGGUCAAUUAUUUUUAUACAACUCUAAAAUCGAUGGAAAGAACGAAUUACCCUUGCUACAAACACAUUGGAGCUAUUGCAGCACAAUUUGCUAGAAUUUUAACAAAACCUCAUACUGAUGAACGCAUAAUGACUGGAAAUUAUAUUUUUGACUAUCAAGAUACCAAAAGAAAUUUCGGUGCUAUGGUGCAGAAUAUUAUCAUUGCUAGCCCACGUUCUAACAUUCCUGAAAUUGCUCAUAUUACACUUAACAAUCAUGGGUCUGGAACUCAUUUCAACCAAAUUUCUCUACACAUUAAAGCAGUUGGAGUUAUGCCAACAUUAUCCAAUUAUAUAGAAAACUUUGUUCGCAUCAAAGAUAUUCUUAAAGAAUUUAAGCUUGAAGAAAAACCAUCAGAACCACCUCAUAUUGAAAUAAUCGCUCGAAUUCAACAAAAAGCUGUUUUUUGUUUGCAUUUUAAUAAAACAAACAUUGAAAAUGCACUUUCAUAUUUACGAGCACUUCCAGAGAAUAGUUUUCAAAUCUAUCAAAGCAUGGAGUUUCAUAUAAAUCAACAACGAAUUAAUAUACCACUAACAAUGGAAUCAAUUCAAGUAACUGAUCUAGGAACAAAUGUAAGACUUGCAGCUACAGCUAAUUCUCUUUUUUCAAUGAGAGGAAAUUUCACAUAUCUUUUUGGUGGUCGAAACAAUCAUGUCAUAUUACGCACAGCUAUUCACGGAUCCGAAAUUGUUGAAAAUUAUAAUCCACUGAUUGAUGUUUGGCAUUCUGCUGAGAGAACUCAAUCAAUUCACGGAUAUCUCCCAACAAAUGUGACAGUUGGCCUUCAAGAAAAAUUAUUCCUAUCGUAUAUUACGCCUUCUGAAGAUUUAAAAACUGGUAUUAUUGCCCACGCAAUGACAACUACAACGAUUAGAGGUAUAAAUGCUACUGCAAAAUUGAAAAAAAUAUGUAAAAACUGUAUUGGAUCAUAUACAGUUAAAAAAAAGCCUCAAGAUGCAUUGCAGGAUACUGUAAUUUUUGAUUCUGUAUUACCCGAAUUGGGUGGCCAAUUCCAAGUAAGAGUUUUCGAUUGUGAUCCGGAAAUUGCCAGAGAUGAAUUAUUUACUGAUAUCUGGUUAUCUCACCAAAGCAACUAUGAAACUUGGUUUGGAGCGAAAUUACUUCUAUUAGGAUUCCAUGCUAUGGACUACUUCAGCUAUGCACCCCCAAGAGGAAGCUGCGGAGUUGCCAUGUACAUCGAACCAUCAACUAUUCAACCUUCUGAGGUAAAAUUAGAGUUUGCUAUAAAUGGUAAAUAUUAUCUGCUGUCACUCACACGAAGUGAAUUAGGAGACAUGAAAGUUUUACAACAAUGGAAUUUAGCUGCUUUGUAUGAAUCAACUUCGUGGGUAACAGAUACGUUAAAGAUAAAGGCCAGUAAAUCUGUACCUGGUGAACAAUUUAUGAAGGUAUGUUUAGAGAUAGAUCGAAUAACACCAUGGACUUGGGACUAUUUUAGUUUAAAACCCAGUGAUCCAGCAUCAAUAAAGCUGAGUCUAGUGUGGGGAUUAUCAGACAGUCUAAAAGGCAAGUGUUCAGGAUCAUCACUUCUUUUAAAUAUGGUUGGAGAAGUAAGCAAAGAACAGAUAAACCAAAGUAAGAUGGAUAAAUGGCCUUAUAAUGAAUGCCGACGACAAGCUAAAGGAAAAACUGAUGUGCCUUAUACUGAGGCUUGUUAUCAAGCAUCUCGAGAACUCUCCACCCUAAGAAAGUACGAAAUAUUUGUCGAGUCUGAAAAUUUGCCAGAAAAAUUGGAACAAUUGAUUUGGAAAUUACGAGCUUUAUAUGAUGUCAUAGGAGGAAACAGUAGUCAUUUAUCAAAUAUUGAUCGAUAUUUGAUUGGAGUAACAUUUCCGGAAGAUAGUACCAAAGCCGUUAUGUAUGUGAAUCAUAACAAGAUACCAAUUAAAUACGAUGGAGAAUUUGUGGAUAUGUUUUUAACAAGAACUCGGUUACAUAGAUAUAUCGACAAUGCUUUUCUACGAACAUUUUUCAGCUUUUGUGUAAUUACUCCUACAAUGAUAAAAUCAGCUCACAAUAUAACUCGUCCACUAGAAAGAAAUAGAGAAGUAUUGGUUCUAGGUCAAUGUUACGACGAAAAUCCAGGAUUUGUUUUAACAGCCGUUAGCACUGAAGCUGGAGUUACGUUACAUCUUAGUGACGAUAGUAAUUAUCUAAAAAUAGUGCCAGAUGAUGAAGGAGGAACUGUAUAUAACUUCACUGAUCCCUUACCUAUCACAAGAGAUUUCUCGUGGAAUAAAGUCAACGAAAAAAGGUUUAGAUCGGACAAAAAUUCAAUUCACAUCUUACUGAAUAACAACAUCCCAUUCAUACAUUUUACUAAAGAACAAAUAUUAAUUUUCUUCCCAAAUUAUAUUCAAGAAUUCACAUGUGGUGUUUGUACUGCUCGAUAUUUCAAUGUAGCAGGAUUAUACGAUAAAAAAGUAUAGUUUUAGAAAAAAUAUUUAUUAAAUAGAUGUAAGAUUUAUUUUAGAUAUAACUAUUAUUAUUAAUACCGAUUAUACUAUCAUAAUUAUUAUCACUUUUGUAGAAAUUAUUACUUUAAAUUUU